AUGGGUACCGGCAAGAAGACACCUGAAGUGAGCCGACGACGUCCCAAGCAGGGUAAGGCUACUUCGGAUGACCUCUCAAGCAGCCAGAACCAAGGCUCCAAGUCAUCUGUAUCCUCAGCCGCUGCACCACGUAUGCCCACAACUCCGAAGAGGGGCAGGAAAGACAAUAGCCGUAGCCGUCAAGUGCUUGACUCUCCGCCUUCUAGCAAUUCGCCAUCCCCCGAACUGCCAGAGCAGGAGCAAGAUUAUGAAAAAUGGAAUUACACUCCGAUUCCUCCUCAUGGAGCUCAGAAGUCUGCCAAUGGACGCAAUGAGGGUCGCAGUUUGAUCAUGUGGGGACGUCCCCGAAUGAUCGAGAAGGUUAUGAUGCACCUACAGUACGAGUGCAGUAGACAUAAGAUCGAGCUGCCUUGGGAUGCUAUCGCCCAUCGCCUGCACCCAGGCUCCACCGGAGGCGCUGUUGUCCAGCAUCUAGGACGCCUGCGCAGUCAGCUCAUCGUGGAGGGUCACCUGGUACCACCGCCUAUGCAGAAGCCGGGAUCAAGGGCUCAAGUAGAUCCCUGGGUCCGCGGCUACGUGCGCAAGGAUCAAGACGCCAAAGUCUGCUUCAAAACCGGAAAUGAGGCAUUCGAGACACGCGCAGUUCGGUUUGACGAGAAGUUAGAUGACCGUCAUUUCAACAUCCCAGACGCUGUGGAUGUGAUCAAUAAUCAGUCCAUCUCCUCGCCUGCUAAGCCCAAGGGCAAGAGUGGCAAGCGUCCAGCCGCCAGGAUGCUCUCAUCGCCAUCCAAGCGCAUCAAGCGUGAGACCGCAGAGGUUGACCCGGCAAAUCUGCCCAUGGAUGCCGAUUACAGCCCCGCAGCACAGGCGGUCCCGCGCCGCAAAGCCGCUGCGCGCGCGGCAUUGGCCAUUGCCAACAACGGCCUGGACAGCGACCUAGAUGAUGUUGAAGAUGGUGACGUGUAUCUUGCUGCCCCUCAGGAGGAAGCGCCUCAUGCGGUCUCAGAGCAUGGCAGUAACACCGAGGAUACCUUGGGAAUUGGUGAGCAAGAGCACAUGGAAGACCACUCGACAGAACAGGAGGACGAAUAUGCGGACAGUAUUCGAGGUGUGGUCGAUCCGGAGUAUAAUGAAGAGGCAAGCAGACGCUUUUCGGAGUUGGUCCUCGCCCCAGAGUUCGGCCAGCCGCUCGUAUUCGAAGGGUAUCAAAACCUAGUUGUUGCGUUUAGCGAGGACGACGAUGAAGACGAAGAAGAGGAAGAAGACCAGGAUGCCGCCGAAGACCUUGUCAGUAUCAAGGACAAAGUCAAUGUCAUUGACAAGAAUUGAUGGGCACCUCUCCUCCGUCGAUGCAACACCACAAGAACAACGGCU